UGCAACACAGACCGGUUGGGCCUGAUGAGUACGCAAGGUACGGCACAGCGUCGGCACAACGUCGCACCUGCGCCUGCCGUCUGCCAUCUGCCAUCUGCCAAUUGACUACCAAGUGACAUUGUCGCCACCAAGUGGGUCGACGGCGCCCGGAGCACAGGCGACAGCUGGGCGGGCUGAUUGAUUGGGGACGGCCUCACCUCCCCAAACGAGAGUAAGGCUGAACUCAAAGGUUGGCGCUAUCUGCCUGCAACCUGCCCGCCUGCCCGGCCAGCAGCACCGAUCGCACCGCAGUGCAGUGCAGUGUACAGUGUAUUGCAGUGUAUUGCAGUUCGUUGCGCCACCGCAGAGGCUGGCUGCAGUGGGAAUCAGACGCCUCGAUCAAACCAUCAUCACCCUCUCGUCGUAACUCCGCGUGGAAAUUGGCCCGGUCGAUCCUGCAAGGCCACAGAGACUCCAGCGGCCACAGUCAGAUGGUCUCACAAGGCUAGUUAGUCAGUGUCGGCUGGGGCGUGUUAUCCACCAUUUCAUCUCCCUGCGUCAUCACGGCCGGCUGCAUGGCGUCUGCUUGACCCGGACCGCCUUCGUCUUCACUCCCAGACUCCUUGGGGCAUCAGGGUGGUGACAGAUCGCGGGGGUCGGAAGGCUGCUUCUAGCGCGGACAAAAGUGUGGCUGUUGGCCUGCCAUCUCCGGAGCCUCCCUUGAUAGGGUGGGCUUGGCCUACUCCGUACUUCCUAUUCCACAAUCCCUCCCGCAGGCUGUGUUCGGCAUCUCCAGCUCUGUGUCACUGCGUCUCACCUGCCUUUGGUCGCACAUGACAGCAGGCAGGAACCACCUCGGACCGGAGCUUAAUUGAACCUCAAACACAACCGGCCAAGCCGCUCGUCAAUCAGCCUGGGCCCCCACUGCUUACCGAUCCAAUCAAUCCAACGCCAACCCUUUCCUUAUUGCCUCCCACUCAGCGACAUCUCAUCAUUUCUCAUCAACCCUUCAUUACAUUUCAUCAUCAAGCCCUGCCACCUUUGACCUGCACCCAUCAGCCGCCGCCGUCAGGCAUCAAGGCAUCCCCCAACCUGUCUGCUUGUCAUCAUCAGCCCUCAUCAUGGCUUCCAGACCGCGCCGUUCGGCCGCCCAGAAGGCAUCCGUCGCAAUCACUGACAUGGCCGAUAGAGACAACAUGUCAUCAUCCCGCUCACGGCGGUCCGGUGACGGCCUCGCCUCUGUCUCACGAGGAUCACAGGGAGGCAAGGACCACACCUACUUGACUGUCAAGCUGCCUUCCAGUAAGCUACGCCAGGCGACCAGCAGCAAGCAGGGUUCCAGCAUCUCCGUGAACAACGACUCCGCCCCCAAGCGGUCUACUCGUGGCGGGAAAAAGAGCUAUGUGGUCGAGUCCGAGAGCGACGAGGAGGACGAGGAUGAGGAAGGCGAGGAUGAGAUUCAGGUUGGGGCGCCCGCCGUGGUGGCAGAAGACGACGAUGAGGACGAGGAGAUGAAUGACGUCGACGAGGACGCCGAGGGCGAGGAGAUCGAGGAGGAAAUGGACCUCGACGCAGAGGGCGAAGAGGAUGAGGACGCAGAGGGCGAGGACGACGUCGACAUGGCCACGCCUGCCCCGGCACCCACCAUCAAGAUUCAAAAGCCGAGCAAGCGGUCGCCCGAGAGCAAGAAGACUAAGGAUAUCACCCCCAAGAAGGCCAGCGCGCAGGCGUCCGCGCUUAAUGAUUCGGACGACGACGAGCUCAGCGAGUUGGAGAGUGACGAGGAGAUGGAGGGCGAAGAGGAUGCCGAGGGAGAGGAAGAUGACGAAGACAUGGACGCAGAGGGCGAAGAGAUCGAAGAGGACCAAGAUGCCGAGGGCGAGCCGGAGCCGAGCGCCGAGCCAGGCCAGGAGGCCGAGGACAUCGACAGCGAUGACGAUGGUGCCGCACCCAACAAGACGCGCAUGACAGUGCGUCAGAGGGCCAGGUUUGAGGACCUUGACGAAAGCCACUAUCAAGCUCUGUCAAACGAGGUACAGGCGAAGAAGGUCUUCACGGUGGAGGAGAAGGCCAUGCGGCGCGCCGAAAUGGCGCGGAGACGGCGUAAUCUCAGCGAGAAGCGCAAUGAGGAAGUCAAGCAAGAAACGAUCAACAAGCUCCUCAAGAAGCAAGCCAGUAAGACAAACCGCAAGGGCGGCCAGGUCAUCACCGAAGAUGGUCUGGGUGAGGGCGAGUCCAGGAGGCCUAACCCCAUCUUCAUCCGGUGGGUCAGCACCAAGGACGGGGAGCGCGUGUCUGUGCCAGAGGAGAUCUUGGAGGGCCCUGCCGGCCGUCUGUUCGUCAAUGGCUCCCGUCCCGGUGGCGCCGGCCCUACUGCAUUGGCCGGUCCGAGAAAAAUGGUCGAGGAGGUCUCGUAGGGACGAGAAGAGGGACGAGAAGAGGGACGAGAAGAGGGACGAGAAGAGGGACGAGAAGAGGGACGAGAAGAGGUGUCUUGAAUGAGGCGGAACGCAAAGCGAAACGUCGUGACCAUGGCUGAGAGCACACAUGUGAAAGCCGUCAGCAAGCCUGUGGAGACGAGAUACCGCAGUAUCCUGAUCGCAUUAGCAAGUCGCACCGCACUACGUCGUGUCACGGCUGCCCGUUGUCAUACGAUAAGAGAACAAGUUGGUGGUGGCUGUUGUGUUCAGUUGAGACUCCUUGGAAGAUGAGAGCACAGAUAAGAAUGCAUGGGAAACGCACGCGUUGGGCAACAGGCAUCUAGAAGCAUAAUUCACAGAAACAUUGGACUUGAA